AUGGUUGUUAAAGUCGGUAUUAACGGAUUCGGUCGUAUUGGCCGUCUUGUUCUUCGUGCCUCCUUGAGCAAUCCUGAAAUUAAAGUUGUAGGCUUAAAUGACCCUUUCUUGGACCUUGACUAUAUGAUUUAUCUUUUCAAAUAUGAUUCUACUCAUGGACGCUUUAAAGGACAUGUAGAAGCAAAAGGUGGAAAAUUUGUCGUCAAUGGUCAUGAGAUCUCCGUUUUUGCUGAAAGGAAUCCUGCUGACAUUAAAUGGGGUGAAAUUUGCGCUGAUUACGUGGUUGAAUCUACUGGUAUUUUUACUACUACGGAAAAGGCAUCUGCCCAUUUAGCAGAUGCCUAUAAGCCCGAAUAUAAAGUGAUCUCAAAUGCAUCUUGCACUACCAAUUGUUUGGCCCCAUUAGCCAAGGUUAUUAAUGAUGAAUUUGGUAUCGUUGAAGGAUUGAUGACUACCGUUCAUUCUACAACUGCCACGCAAAAAACUGUUGAUGCUCCUUCCGGCAAGGACUGGAGAGGAGGAAGAGGAGCAUCACAAAAUAUUAUUCCCAGCUCGACAGGUGCUGCGAAAGCUGUCGGAAAAGUUAUUCCAGCCUUGAAUAAAAAACUUACUGGUAUGUCCUUCCGUAUUCCUACAACGGACGUAUCCGUUGUUGACGUAACAAUGCGUUUGGCAAAGGAAACAGACUACGAGACAAUAAAGGCUUGCAUGAAACGUGCUGCUGAAAACGAAUUGAAAGGAAUUCUUGCUUACACCGAGGAUGAUGUUGUUUCCACUGAUUUUAUUGGUGACACUAACUCUUGCAUUUUUGAUGCUAAAGCUGGAAUACAAUUAAACCCCACAUUUGUAAAAUUAAUCGCAUGGUAUGAUAAUGAAUAUGGCUAUUCUACCCGUGUUGUUGAUUUGAUUGCUCAUAUUGCCAAGGUGGAUGCGCAAGCUUAA